UCGCCCACCACUGAGCAGUGUUCAGUAGUCCACUCUGCAAGGGCACAUUUCUAGUCAAGAUCAUGACUGAGGAGGCUUUGGAUGUCGUGGUGGUUGGCUCCUGUAUGACUGACUUGGUGAGUCAGGCACCAAGACUUCCGAAAGCAGGGGAAACCAUCCAUGGUCAUAAUUUCUUUAUUGGCUUCGGAGGAAAAGGAGCCAACCAGUGCGUACAGGCUUCCAGACUGGGAGUCAAAACUGCUAUGAUCUGCAAGGUUGGUAAAGACUUCUUUGGAAACAAUUACAUCCAGAACUUCCAGGACAAUAAUGUGCACACAGACUUUGUCUGGCAGACGUCUGAUGCAGCCACAGGAGCUGCUUCCAUCACCAUCAACGAUGCAGGUGAGAAUGCCAUUGUAAUCGUGGCUGGUGCCAACAUGCUGUUGAGCAGAGAGGACCUACAGGAAGCUCUUCCAGCCAUCAAAAAAGCAAAAGUUUUGCUUUGUCAGCUGGAGAUCAACCCACAGACGUCCUUGCAGGCUCUACAAAUGGCUCGGGAUAAUAAAGUGAAGACGAUAUUCAACCCGGCACCAGCCAUCCCUGACUUGGAUUCUGAUUUCUACAAAGUCUCUGAUGUGUUUUGCUGUAAUGAGUCAGAGGCAGAGCUUCUCACGGGUUGCACGGUAACUAAUGUGGAGGAAGCACAUGGCGCUGCUCAGGUGCUGCUGCAGCGAGGCUGUGGGGCGGUCAUCGUCACUUUGGGACCCCAAGGCUGUGUGGUGCUCAAGGCACAAGACUCCACCUCAACACAUGUUCCAGCUACUCCCGUUACACCUGUGGAUACCACUGGAGCUGGAGAUAGCUUCAUCGGAGCACUGGCAUUUUACAUGGCAAACCACUCUACGAUGAAUCUGGAGGAGAUGGCACGCAGAGCCAAUCAGGUGGCGGGAGUGAGCGUGAGAGCUGCUGGCACACAGAAGUCUUUCCCUUUUAAAAAAGAUCUACCGGCCGAACUGUUUCAUUAGAGGCCAUAAACUCCUGAUUAAUGGACCAAGUUUGGGAUGGCUGGACACUGAAUAAUCUUAUGAAACUACGUACCUUUGAUAAAACAUUACAAUGAACAGUAUUUGUGGUGACUUAUGAAAAUGUCAGACAUAAAAAUUACUAAUUGCUGUAUACUAAGAAACUGAAAUAAUUUGAGUUACUCCAAACAGUUCAUAUCAGAAAACAUUUUAAUUAUGUUAACAGAGUUCAUUACAUAACCAUUGAUACCAAAAAGAUAUUAUUCUGUGAGCAAACAGCUUGGAACAUCAACCAAGUUUUAAAUUAAAGUGAUGAUGGAAAAUGUUCAAAUUGAGUCACGGCUUCACGCUGAACUGCUGCAGUUUGGAGAGCUGUGGGAUUUUAACUGAUCAAAAAAGGGGAAAAAAAGAUUUUAAAAAAAUCUGUCUGUGAGACAGCCAAUCGGAAAUGCUGACUGACCAAUGCUUUCUUUAAUCCUUGACAAUAAACAGUGUUUAAACUUUGCAGCUUCAU